AUGGCAAAUAGAAAUGUUUUCCCGUGGAUUCAGCGUUUGCGCUUUCGAAAUGGCGCCAGACGCAAAAAAUCUGAUGAUGUUGAGCAGAAAGGAGAGGACCUUCCGGAGCGUCCAAAGACUCCGAACUCUCCUAAAAAUGGCAAGUCGCCAAUUGAUCUGGACUCUCCUAAACGUCAUAUCAUAUCGGCAGUUAACGGUGAAUCACCAAGACACAUCCCUAAACCUGUAGCUCAGCCGGAUUUUGAUAAAGUUAGGGAGCAGAUUAAAAACGACAUAAGAAAAGAACUUAAAAUUACAGAAGGAGCCAGAAACAUUGGGAAGUUAACAUCCAAGAAAAAAUAUCUGGCAAAUGUCAACAACUUUCUCAAAACAUCACAAAAGAAAUUAGACGAGCUUUACAAUAAGCUUCAAGAACGCAAUGCACAUAUUGUUGUGCCAGGAACUGAAGAGAUCUCAGCUGCUCCUAAAGGUGACACCAGCUCCCAGGCAGAUAACGCGAAGCUGACUGCUUUGCAGAAACAGCUAGACAUUGAGCUGAAGGUGAAACAUGGAGCAGAGAUUAUGGUCAAAGCAUAUUCAGAUGGGCGUUCCAAAAAUGUCAAACAUCUUGCUGCUGCCCAGAAAAUACUACAAGACAGCGAGAAAAAAAUAGACAGUUUGCGCAAGUUAAUUCUGGAAGAAAAGUCUAUUAUUAAAGAAGAAACAUCGUUACCAGUUCCGGAGACGGACAUUAAAACCAGUGCUCCCUCGUUAUUGGUGACGGACACACAGGAGCCAGAGUCGGCUGGCGAUAUUCUAACAUGUGAUAUGAAACCAAUUAUCCAACCGGAUGUGGAACUUGACUUAGAGGUGCCUCCUGCUCCAAGUCAAUCCUUUCUACAUAGUGAUCCGAGUCGGUUUUCAUUCCAUAUGGAGAUCCCGGAUAUACCGGAUAAGGAUUCUGGAGAUAUCCAUGAACGUAGCAUUAAUAACAGAUACAUCAUGACACCAGAUGUAAUGAGUCAGCCUAAUUGUUCCAGUCUGGAUAAUAGCGUCCCUAAACAUUCUGUGGACCUACCGCAUGACCAGUUACCUGCUUUGUGGAUUCAAGAUCAGCUUCUUCUCAAAUUGCAGGACAUUCAACAUUGCUCUGUGCAAUCUGUGAAAGAUUCUGAAGAUAACCAUGAACGUAGCAUUAAUAACAGAUACAUCAUGACACCAGAUGUAAUGAGUCAGCCUAAUUGUUCCAGUCUGGAUAAAAGCGUCCCUAAACAUUCUAUGGACCUACCGCAUGACCACUUACCUGCUAUGUGGAUUCAAGAUCAGCUUCUUCUCAAAUUGCAGGACUUCCAGCAUCGUUCUGUGCAAUCUGUGAAAGAUUCUGGAGGCAGCUAUGGACGUAGCAGUGAUAGCAUAUGCAUCAUGACACCAGAUGGAAUGAGCGAGCCUAAUUGUUCCAGUCUAGAUAAUAGUGUUUCUGAAAAAUCUGAGGACCUACCACAAGAACACUUACCUGCUGUGUGUGCUCAGGAUAGUCUUCCCCUGAGAAUGCAGGACUUCCAGCUUUGCUCUGUGCUGGGUAAAGGGCAGUUUGGGAAAGUUCUGCUGGCCGAGCACAAGGAAACAACCAAGGUGUACGCCUUGAAAUUCAUAAAGAAAGUCAAGUUACAAUUACCACAUCAUUUCAACAACCUUCUGAGUGAGAAGCGGAUAUUCCAGACAGUGAGCAAUAGGCGGCACCCAUUCCUUGUUAACUUGUGUGGGUGUUUCCACACUCGAGAUCACGCCUGCUUCGUUAUGGAGUAUGCAGCCGGGGGCGACCUUCUCUCAUGCCUUGAUAACAACAACGGCCCAUUUCCAGAACCCAGAGCAGUGUUCUAUUCUGCAUGUGUCGUCCUUGGACUUCAGUAUUUACACGAACAAAAUAUCAUCCACAGGGAUCUGAAGGUUGAAAAUAUUGUUCUGGACGAGAAGGGAUUUGCAAAGAUUACUGACUACGGUCUGUCUGUAGAAGGUAACUAA